AACUUUAAAGAAUAUAUUUCAUGUAUAGAUAUUUAAUAAUUAGGAAUUAGACAUUUUCGGCGCGUUUAUGAAAAGCCUACGACCUUUCGCUGCAAAGUUACAAAAAACUACAAUAGAAGACAUCGUGGUGGUUGGCAAUAUGCGUUGAAGAAAAUGAACAUUAAUCGUAUGUCGAUUCCCGAGUUGCUAAAUUCUAACUGCCGAUCAUCAAUUAACAAGAUAGACUAUCUUCAAUUCCUACUAAGUCAAAAUAUGUAUCGUAAUUGUGGUGUCAUCACAAUUCAAGAAUCUUGGUUAAACGAUUUACAGGACGACUGCCUAGUAUCUUUACGUGAUUUCAAAAUUUAUCGUCAGGAUCGAUCAAACGAUAAAAAGAGGUGUGGCGGCGGUGUAGCUACUUUUGUAAACGUGAACUGGUGUCGACCUACGUUUGAGUGUUUCAAGUUUUCAAAUGACUUUAUCAACUAUCUAACUCUAAGAUGCCGUCCAAAACAUCUGAAUAAAUACAAAUAUGUUUGUGUUACCAAUAUCUAUGUGACCCCAGACUGCACAUCAUCUGCGCUAUCUGUAUUCGCUGAUGAAUUCACUGAAUUCGCCGUUACUGCUUUCAGUGAUUCACUUUCAGUUGUAUGUGGUGAUUUCAAUUCAUGUGACUGUAGCUUCCUUACAUCGCUAGGUCACCAAAAUGUAGUAGAUUUUCCUACUCGGUUGGAUGCUCAUUUAGACUUCGUUUUCAUUAAUGAUGUAGGUAUAUAUGUGACUCGUAAACGUGCCCCAUUGUCUAGCUCAGAUCACUGUAUAAUUCGUGUUUUACCUAAAGUAUAUGGAAAGCAUGGGAAGAGUACACUAUUAAAUCAAACUAAGAAAGUCAAAUAUAGGAAUUACUCAGAAGAAAAUAUCCGAAAUCUGCAAAACAUGUUUCAUACGACUAACUGGGAAUUAUUUACAGAUGACUCACUGGAAAUCACUUCUGAUGUUAUCACCUGUUACCUUAAAUUCUGUUUUGAUAUUUGUUGUCCCACUGGAACUAUUUUUGUAAUUGUUGAUCGACUUACAUCUUCACAACUAAAACGACUACGGAGGGUGAAAGAAAGAAUGUACUAGGUGAAAAACUCUAGUGAAGUUCGUAAGCUAAAUGGUCUGAUAAACCUCGAGAUUCGUCGUCUCAACACUAUGUUUGCUCAAAAACUCUUGUCUUGUAAAAACUCUUCAAGUAUGUGGAAACUCUUUACAGAACUUACAGGUGACAAGUAGAUUAGGACCGAUAAGCAGCUGGAUGUUUGUGACUUAAAUAAAUCUUUUUUACGUCAGUCAUCUGAUGUGAUGCUCUCUUUAUUCACGGGUUUAAAAAAUAGCUGUGUUCCUAGUUUCACCGAAAAUGAUGUCCGAAAAUGUCUCCAGUCACUAAAUUCAUUCCGAUGUUUGGGACCUGAUGGUAUCCCAAACCUCCAUUUCAAAAAGUGUGCUGACGUCCUAUGCUAUCCAUUCACUACUAUCUUUAAUAGAUCCUUCUCUUCCAAUCUCAUACCGAAAAUGUGGAGAAAGAUGAAGAUAAUCGCUAUACCCAAGAAAGCAUCUGGUGAUAAGAAUGUGAAAUUCAGACCCAUUGCAAUAACUUCACCCUUCCUCAAAACAAUGGAAAAACUAUUGACACUUUCACUUCAGCCUGCGAUAAAAGAGCACAUUGACCAGUAUCAGUUUGCUUACAGAUGCAAAAGAAGCACCUUAGAUGCUGUUGCUGUUCUGCAUCAUAAUAUAAUGUUCAACCUAGAAAAGGGUAAGAAGUAUGUUCGAUGCGCUUUCCUGGACUAUACUUCUGCUUUUGAUUCUAUAUCAAGACAACGUUCACUUAACAAGUUAAUCAGCGUCAACACUGACAGCUGGAUAACCAGCUGGCUAUGUUCCUACCUCUCUGGAAGGGAACAGUACACAGUGUUUGGAGGAAAGUGUUCAGAGUCUCUAGUGUCUUAUGAAGGUGUACCACAAGGAGCUGUUCUUUCACCUCUUCUUUUCUCUUUUUUUCUGCAUGAUCUGUCAUCUUCCGCAGUAAACACCUUCGUGAAAUAUGCAGAUGAUCUCACUGUUUGUAUGCCUAUCUCUUCCUAUUUACAUCCUAUAGAAAUGAAUGAGUUUUUAUCUCGUAUUGAUAGUUGGUCUGUUGUUAAUGGUCUCAUACUUAAUCCGUCUAAAUGUCAGGCUGUUAACUUUAGCAUGAGACAUGAUCGGCAUUUAAACACCUUUUUAAGAUCUCAUAAUGCUUGUGCCAUUGGCGACUCUUUGAUAAACACAGUGUCGACUGUCAAUUAUCUUGGUGUUACCUUUUCCUCUGAUCUCUCUUGGUCAUCUAACGUUUCAUUGUUAUCGAAAAAGGUUCUCCGUCUGACUUACUACAUUAAGAGAUUGCAUGCUCUUGGGAUCACUCGUCAUUUACUCUUACAAUUUGUCAAUUCUUGCAUAUUACCUAUUAUUCUUUACUGUUCUCCGUUAUUCUUUCCCGGGCUUUUGAGAAAAGACUUUUCUGUACUGCGGAGAGUGCUGAAGGCAGUUAGCAAGGUAUGUGGUGAAUCUUUCGAGACCAUAAUUAAUAUGGUUGUGAAUAGACAUCUAAAGUCAUGCAAACUCCUGGCAGGUGUUAUUUUAUCAGAUACUAACCAUCCCCUUCACUCAUAUCUUCCUCCUUGUAUACCUUCUGGUAGAACGAGACGAAAUUACAUUAAAAUCCAAGCACGCAAGCAAAAGUACAAACGUUCUAUAAUACCGUACCUAGCAAAUAUACUCUGUGACGAACAGGUUGUUAGAGUUAACCUAGUCAAUAAUCUGCAUUCUUAACAUGACUAAUUGAGAAGUUGUACAGUUUUUACAGAUUUUUUUAUUAUCAACCUUUUUUUCUGUAAAAGAAACUUGUUGAAAUAUUUUUUGUGCUGAGAAUUCUAUAUUGUACCAAAAUAUAAUAUUGAAUAAAGCCAU